AUGACUCUUCAUAAGUUUAUUCGCUGUAAGCUGAAGUCUGUGUUUCGGAAAACAGACAAAGGCCACGAACAACAUGAAAGUGGUGAUAUGCACACCAUUGUUCGGUUCCCAGAGGAUUCCUUUACUGAAAAACUUUUCUCAGGCUGUCCAUUUCUAGAAGAAUUGGUUUUAUUAGAUUGCUACUUGGUGAACUUGAAUAACAUUGUGAUUUCUAGUUCCACCUUAAAGAGCUUGACCAUACAUGAUCUGCCAUAUUUUGGAGAAUUCGACGAGACUAGUGGCUGUAAUAUCAAGAUCGAUGCAGUCAAUCUUACAUAUUUUAAAUAUUUUGGAAACCUAUUAAACGAUAUUCUAUUGGAUAAUGCCUUAUCCCUGGUCAAUGCAUGCAUUCACAUUCCUAUUCCCCAAGAGAGGGAAACAGAAGUCACAUAUCGAGCUAUUGAUCUACUCAAACAACUACGAUAUGUUGUGUCUUUGAGGAUAUCUAAUCGCAUUAUAGAGUCUCUUAUAUUUGCAGAUAACAUGGUCCACUAUUCUCCGGUUUUUUCAAAUUUGAGGCAUUUAGUGUUGACUAUGGAAAGUGGGAAAUAUCCAUUUGGAGGUCUGAUGGAUCUGCUUUACUUCUGUCCAAUUCUACAAUCUAUUUGUCUUCUGGAGGGAUUCGAGCACCACAUGUGCCUUGGUGAAAAUGAUCCAAUUUUGAUAUUAGUACCUAUAUGCAUGUUGAUAUGCAUGUGUUUUGGAGAGGAUGGACAUCGUGUGGUCCAAGACUCGGCUACCAGAUCUGAAGAAGCAAACACAAGCCAGGACAGAAUUAGAAACAAUCAAAAGGAGCUCUACAGCCUGUCGCGUCAAGUUCUCAUGAAAUCUCAAGAAAACGGUGCAGACCGGAUUAAUAAGAUAAUAACAAGGUAUUGUGUUGGUAUGAAUACUCCUUAG